CAUUCUUGUCCUAUUCUUUUUUUUUUGUCCUUUUUUUUGUUUUUUUUUUGUUUUUGUUUUUCUUCUUUUUUUUUUUUUUCCACUUCUUUGAUUAUUGUUUAUAUUUGGGAAAGCUGGAGGAGCAUGGUUUUGAGCCUUUUCCUGAAUCCAAGUUUUUCUAGCAUGCGAUGGUUCUGUAGACAAGGCGCUGUGUCUGGGAGUCCGCGGCGACCGUGCCCGCUGGGAGCGACUCCCAAGUCCAGCAAAAUAUGCAACUGGUUUUAUGGAAAAAAGCGAUGUGAAGUAUGGUGCCUAUUUUUUUUUUCCUUUGUAAAAAUAAAAAGCAUGUUUCUAACUCUUUUUUUUUGCAUACUCUUUUUUUCUGAUAAGAUUUUUGUAUAGGUGGGAUUUUACGGCAGUGUUUACAAGUUUGUGGUUUUGCAAUACUGGUGCAAACCAAUGAGCAAAAAAAAAAAAAUUAAUUUUCUAAUUUUUGUGCCGUUUUUGGAAGCCGGUGAGAACAAUUUCGUUUUUUUCCCUCCUGUUUUUGACACCCAUUGAUAACAUGAAACUUUUCUUGCAGCUGGUUACUGGGAUAAUUUUUAAGCAAAAUACUUUUUUCCUCCUUUAUAUUAACUGUGACUUUUGCACAUUUGAAUUUUUUAAAAAACCGAGAUAAUUUUAUGAUAGAUAUCCUGAUAUCUAUAUAUUAUCCCUUCUUCCUCCCCAUCCCCUCCCCGUAAAUCAAUUUUCAAAUGAUGGCAGUGGAAGGUUUUUCUGGAAAAAAAAAAAAAAAAUGAAGUGCGGUUUGGUUUCCUUGUCAACGGAGGAUGAAGUGAACAGCUGAGCAGCUCGCAGAGAGCAGAUAUUAUAUACCAAACAACAACAAUAAAAAAAACACAUUAGCCUGCAUGUUUCUCUUGGAUAAAAUGAGGUUGUAAGUUUUGAGUUCUUCUUUCAACAAAUAAUGUGAAAACUAAGAGGACCUAGAAAACAUUUCAUUUUUAUAUAACUCAAGGUUUAGCCGUGGUAUUCGUUUUGAUUGCGCUAUUCAGACUCAAGUCUCUUUUCUGUGCAGACAAGCAAGGAUUAAAACAAGGUGAGCCAACCAUGACUGGCAAAACACAGACCAGCAAUGUCACCAAUAAGAAUGACCCCAAGUCCAUCAACUCCCGAGUUUUCAUCGGCAAUCUAAAUACAGCCAUUGUCAAGAAAGUUGACAUUGAAGCCAUUUUCUCAAAGUAUGGAAAAAUAGUUGGAUGCUCAGUUCACAAGGGUUAUGCAUUUGUACAGUACAUGAGUGAGCGACACGCAAGAGCGGCAGUGGCUGGAGAGAAUGCCAGGAUCAUUGCCGGCCAACCACUUGAUAUCAAUAUGGCAGGCGAACCCAAACCAUAUAGACCAAAACCUGGAAACAAGAGGCCCCUCUCUGCACUUUAUAGACUUGAGUCAAAGGAGCCUUUCCUGUCUGUUGGUGGUUAUGUCUUUGACUAUGAUUACUACAGAGAAGAUUUCUACAAUCGGUUAUUCGAUUACCAUGGGCGUGUGCCUCCGCCUCCCCGUGCGGUGAUUCCACUGAAGCGUCCCAGAGUGGCCGUCACGACGACUCGCAGGGGAAAAGGGGUCUUUUCCAUGAAAGGAGGAUCAAGAUCGACCGUCAGUGGGUCGUCUUCAUCAGGCUCUAAAUUGAAAUCAGAUGAGCUACAGACAAUCAAGAAAGAAUUAACCCAGAUCAAAACGAAAAUUGACUCCUUGCUAGGGCGCCUGGAGAAAAUUGAGAAGCAGCAGAAGGCGGAGGCAGAAGCUCAGAAGAAGCAAUUGGAAGAGAGUAUAGAGCUGAUCCAAGAUGAAUGUGUGUCAGAGAAUGCAGAUCACUCUACAGAGGAGCCUGCUGAAGGAGGGCCAGAUGCGGAUGGAGAAGAGAUGACUGAUGGGAUAGAGGAGGACUUCGAUGAAGAUGGGGGUCAUGAGCUGUUUCUACAGAUAAAGUGAUUUAAAGUAAUGAAUGAUGCCACAAAAGCAGAAAAGAGAAACUGUGACACCCCCCAGAAAUGUGAAAGGAGGUUUCUUACUGGAGAGCAGCAUCUUUGGUUCAAUUUAUUUAAAAAAAAAAAAAAUACCCAAAUAAAUGAAAUGGACAGUAUUGUUCAAUUUUAGAAAUUCCAUUUCUUCUAUGUUUUAAGCUAUAUGAUUGUCAAGUUUUUAUGGUUUAGAUUGUAAAUGUGUUUUCUCCUUUGCUAAUUAUGUUGUGUUUUUUUAAGUCUUAAAAGUCUUAAAAUGUGAAAGGACAUUUAUGAAUGGUAAGGGAGACACUGUAUACAAAUGUAUAUUUGUAAAAGCUAUUUUUAUGAUUAGCAUGUUUUACUGUUGAUCAUAUAUAAAGUCAGGUGAUAUUGCAAUUCUAUGUUUAAAGCUUAUCUCCAACAAUGUCAUGUAAGAAAAGAUACAUCGUAAGCUAGUUUUUAUAAUUUAUUUUUAAUUUAUAGUUUAAAGUACUUCAGAUCAUAAUGAUAAAAUACUUGAAAAUGUUAUAUUCCUGCCCCCCCAUAAGCACCAUUUUUAUUAAUAAAGAAUGCAGAUACUUCAGUUGUGAUUCCAUAGCUAAAGGACUCUGUUGCUUUGACCUGUGAUUAAAUUGAGCAUUCUCUACUCAACUGACAUGAUUCAGUCCUUACCUAAUCCUUCAGUCUGGGUAGGAGAUCCCAUGGACAGAUUUUAGUGCUGAUACAGCUGAAAACUAUAUUGGCAAGGAAAAGAUUGUCUUGUCUUUGGUUCUGAAAGUUUAAAUAGUGCGUAUAUCACUUCAUUUCAUCUCCUAUUACUAGGAUCGCUCCAUUCCCAAGCAUUGCAAGUAUUUUCCAGAUGCUCUUUGCCGUUGUCAUGUGCUGUGGAAAUGGAAGAAACCAUCUUCACAGACUGUAGGAGAACUCAGCAUAUAAUUUCUUAAUAAAUACCAUUUCUUUUAAAACAAA